UGUGGUGUUGAUCAUCUGACUCCAGUUGCUCUGCAUGUGCCCGAGUGAGGGACACCAGCAUCCAGCACAGUAAGACGAGGAGCCCCAGCCACUACGUCUAUAAGAUGACUACAAUAACUUCUUCAAGAGGAAAUACAGAAGUCGUCAGUGCCAGAAGAACAGAAUUACAUGAUGUUUCAGAUAUUAUCUGUCUCUUCAGCCAUUUUACAGAAGCAGUUUUUGGAAGGAUUGAUGUCAUGUACCUUUUGGAAAAAUCAAAUCUUGCUUUGACACUCUGCAAUGAGAAGAAUGAGGUUAUAGCCCAUGCUGUCUUUCUGGACUAUCCAAAUUGGAAUAUCACUGAUCAGUCUGAUUGGGAAUCGUUCUUACAUGAAAACUACAUUAACAAUAAAUGCACUCCUUUGAACACAUUGUUCAUGCAUCUUUUUGUGGCAAAAGAAGAAUACGCAGCCGGAUGUUCCCAAGAAAUUGUUAGGAGAGCUUUUAUCACAGUACCAGAACUGCAGUUUAUACUUCUCUUCAUACCAGCUGAUGAGAACUUAGAGCCAGACAUGGGAAAUGUCUUUGAAAAGAUGAUGACUGUUCCAGGUUCAGCAGCGGAUACAAACUUUACCUUGCUUGUGUGCCCCAGACAUUGGUAUCACCCACAGCUGUAUGUUCGCAAAGCAAGGUUGGAAGAUUAUGAUGACCUCAUGCCCAUCUGGACACGUCAGAGUGAGACUCUGAAAGAAACCUAUAGUGAAUAUUUCCUUGCUGAUCUCAUAAAAUGUCAAGAUGAAGAAAAUCAGGCUGUUGUUUGUGAGGAUGGUGACACUGCAGUAGGAUUCAUGAGCUUAUGUUCUCAAGUAAAUGUUUCCUUGUUUCAAGAGUGUUUUGACUUAGGGCCUUUCCAUGGACUCUGUAAACCACAUCCUGAAGAUAUUCUCAAAAUGCCACAGAAGCCAAGCAUUCAAGAAGAUGAAGAUAAAAGCAACCAAACAGGUCAAGAAACAGAGUCUGUUUCAUCUCAAAACUUUGAACAUAUUCAUGAUCAGGAUGCAGCUGUGCAGAAAGAUGGAGCCAUUACCGUUUCCCAUACUGAACUGCUGUUAGAUGAUGUCAGAGUCAAAGAUUUCAAAGCCUCAGCAACACUUCUUGAGACUGAAGAAAAAGGUGCUUUUCAUCCAGUGUACAGAGGAGCUUCAAAUGCUUUCUGUAUCCGUCUGUUUUGUAUCGAUGAGAAGCAUGAAACUAGAUCGCUGGAUUUUUUGCAUUAUGUUUUCAAGCUUUUUCCAGACAAAGACUUCUGUGUCAUCCUCGUGCCACACCAUGUACCAGAGUUCCACCUGAUCCAGAGUUUUGUUCGGGUUGUCCCUUUCUGUACUUCCAAACUCGGUCAGGAGCUUUAUGUGUUCCACCGUGCGGGAUUGCUCAAGUCAUUUAAUGUAAGAAGGGCAACAACCAGUGACCUACUUGGUGUCAAAAUGCUCAUUAAAACCCUUAGCUUGAAUGAAAGUGUAUUGAAUGACUUAAAGAUAUUUACUCUGGCUCGCAGGCAUCCAGAUGGGAUCCCAGUACAGGCUUUCAUAGCAGAAGUUUUGGAUCAAAUAGUUGGCAUUUCUGUCAUUAGAGAUGAAAUGGAUAUUGAGUAUAUUCGAUCGCAUUACAACAUUGAAGAUUUUAUUCAGUUUAAUCACCAUGAGCAAGAGGAACAUGGACAUCUUUACCACUUUGUCUUAAAUCCUAUAUUUCGUCACUAUACAAAACACUUUUUAAAGGAGAUUCUUCGCUUGGCCCACAAAUCUUCUCUUUACUAUCCUAUUUAUCCACAGCAUGUGGAAGGCAAGUUUCAGAAUCCCUGUGCCCAUUCCCUGACAUCUGCCCUUCAUUACAUGGUUCCCGUGCGACCAAGACGACAGAUUAUCUAUCCUCUGGAAGAGCUUGGCAUAAACGCUCCAUCAGAGCAGGUCUCCAAGGAUCAGUUGAGUUAUUCUUUGAACCACAUAAAUCGAAAGCUGGUACUGGAAUCUAAAGCGUCUAUCAACACUAGAAUUGUGGUGGUUGGUGCAUCCGAUGUUGGAAUCUCUUUUCUGGAAACGCUCAUUUUUUGUCCGCAUCUGAAGUUCAACAAUCUGACCUUGAUUUCAAUUCAUGGCCUUCCAGGAAAAGACCUACCGGGCUCCAAACAUAGAAGAUUUUUAAUUAACAGCCACUGUUUUAAUGAUGAAGAUUAUGCACAGAUGUCGCUUUGUUCCUGGGUUAACGUUGUGGUUGGUAAAAUGACUGGCAUAAAUCGUGCUGCCAAAUAUGUGGUUGUUUCCAAGGUGAAAAAAGUACCAUAUGACUACCUUGUUCUCUGUACGGGACAGAAAUACCAGGUCCUGUCUCCCACUGGAGCAGAUAUCAGUAAACUCCCAACUAAUAGAGAAGUCAUAAGUAAGUGGCCACAGAGAUACACAGGGAAAGUCCCUUCCAAUCAUUUUACUCUCAAUGAUGACCAGGACUGCUUAAGGGCAGUGCACUGGCUGAAAGAAAACGUUGUCAACUCGGAAGGGAACGUCAUUGUCUAUGGGAAUACAAUUGACAUUUACACCACGGUAGAAACCCUCUUAUCUCUUGGAAUUAAUGGUUCUCGCAUACAUCUCGUACAGCCUCCACUCAGCUCAAACGUUACUUGCCUUAACAACAACGAAAUCGAAAGUGCUGUUCAGGAGGCACUGUCAAAGGCUGGCGUGUCUGUUUAUUAUGACAGUAUCCUGGCACAGUGGAACGAAGGCGACGACCCAGACCUUAUCACAUGUGCUGCUUUCACUACUAAUACAAAACCGUUUAAAUUGCAGUGUUCAGCAUUUUUUAGCUUUGCCUACAGGACGGUGGAUUAUGAAACCUUUAAGGCAAUUAAUGAUGCUUGCCUUGUUUUUGAUGGAAGACUUGUGAUCGAUACCAAAUUCCGUACUAAUGAUGUCAGUAUCAGGGCUGCAGGUCCUUUAACAAAGUACUCCAGGAGAUAUUAUGUAGAUGAAUGGACACACAGCAACUUCAAUUCAAAAGAGAUUGGCUUUGAGCUUGCUGCAUCUAUGCUGAAUCUCUUUGAUCCAACCCCUAAGCCCUUUUCUAAGCCACCAGAAGGCACAGAUAGACUCAUCCCCACGUACAAAGGGUGUAAAAUUAAAGGAGGUGUCCUUCCUGGAGGUUAUAAUUACUUGCAUAUUUCCAAACCAGAAAUGCCCAUCCGCUUGGACUUAGAGCUUGCGCUGUGUGAUCAUGGGAUGGAGAUUAUAACCGGAGAGGCAAGACAUGGGAAUUAUUUCAGGAUGCAUAUCAACAAAUAUAGCAUGGUAGAUAGCAUCACCUGCUUUUCAAAGGAACCCUUUCCUGUCUCCAACUACAUUUGCUUGUAUGGACAGCAUGAGCGUCUUCUUAAUGAUCUUUAUUAUCGCUGGAAUGAAGGGCAGAUUACAGAUCUUUACAGCUACUUCAGGGAACCUUGGUCCAUGGCCAUCUAUCACGAUCGGUUUAUUGAUCUCAAGAAGGAACUGCGCCAAAUCCUGAUGUCGGAACAGGUGCCCGGGCUGCCCCCUGCCGCCGCCGAGCCGCCCCCGGAGGACCCCGUGGAGCAGAGACCCUGCCCGCUGCCGCUGCGGGAGCCCGUCCUCCGCUACCUGCGCCGCCACCGUCCCAACUGCCCAUGUACGCUCCGGCCAGGACCGACGGCGCCGGACCCCCGCCGACGGCAGUACAGGCAGGGAGAGACUGAAAGCGGGCAGAGACGCGUGCUGCAGCUGCGGCAGGGUGGUGGCACGGCUGCGUCGACGUCGCUGGCGUGGGGAGAUGCGGCCCUGCACCAGCGGAGGGGAACCAGCACGGGGACGCUUUUCGGAAUACAUCCUCCCGUUACGGUAACAUGGACGUGAUUUUUAACAGCCAUCUGCCAGCUCCAGUUAAAUCACCUGUUACUUUUGGAAAAGAAUCACCAUUUUUAAAUAGUAAUAAAACCCCCUUGCAGCUUUGCAGGCGAGGGAGCGUAGAGCCCAGCCGGUUUCCCGCCUUGUCUCCUGCGCUCCGCGUGCUUUACCCGCAGCCUGAGGCCCACAGUAGCUUUAGAGAAACUUAAGUGUUUAAGCCUUUUCUCAGGUG